UUCAGGUCACACAAUUUUCAUCCUCGUUAUCGAUGUUAUUGUUUCUUUGCAUUGAGUCCGUGUUGGCAGUGUGAGCUUGUGUGCGCGGGGGUGAAUGGGGAAGUACACGAAGCACCCAUAAAAUUAGUCAUGGCGAAGGCUGUUGGAGGCGGCUCGAGUGGUGCAGCGCCUUUCAAAAUUUUGGCAAGUGACAUUGAACGACCACUGACUUAUGAAGAAGUCAAUCGAGGCUGGGACAAUUUGGAGGAAGAACGCUCCUAUUGGGUGCCGGCUGCUGAUAUCGAGGGCACUAUACCCGCUGACCUCCAUGGAACGCUCUUCAGAAAUGGUCCUGGCGUCAACGAAAUAUAUGGCACCAUCUUGAAACAUCCUAUUGAUGGCGAUGGAAUGGUGGUGGCGGUGACUUUUCUCAAUGGACAAGUGCACCUGAAGAUGGCAUUCGUUGCUUCCAAGCACCGGCUGGAAGAGAUCAAGCAGCGACGGUACGUCUACGAUGGUCAGAUGGGAACGCGAAACCGCAGUUCCCUGUAUGGGUCGCUGGCGACACUUGGCACGUUUCUCACCACCGGUGGGUUGCCCAAGUACGCGUACCGAAAUCCGUCCAACACAAACGUAUUCUACUGGGGCGGCAAGCUGCUGUCCGUAUACGAGACGGGCCUUCCUCACUCGCUGGACGCUCACACGCUGCAGACACUGGGACCCGACGACCUCGGCGGUGCGCUAACGAUGGGUGUGUUUGCUGCUCACUUCCGACUAGACAUUCGCAGGAUGCGUCUCGUCUGCAUUGCCUUGCGGCCUGGCCUGCGGCGGGCUGCAACGCUGGACAUCAUGGAGUUUGACUGGAGCUGGAACGUGGUGCAACGCAAGCGCGUCAGCGUGGACGGGCUCAACUACGCUCACGAUUUCCUGCUGCUACCGGACUACUAUGUGUUUCACAUGACACCGUUUGUGAAGAUUUCCUACUCACAGGCACUGCUCAUCAUGGCCGGGCUGACGUCGCCGGGCGAAACCAUGCGCUACUAUCCGGACCUGCCCUCGCGCUUCGUCUUCAUUCCGCGCCCGGAGGGCAAGUGCGAGGAGCGCGACAUUGUGCAGGUUGACACGGAGCCGUUCCAUAUAUAUCACUUCGGCACGUCUGAGCAGCAUGACAUUGACACGGUUGAGUUUACUGCCGUCUGUCUGGAUACGAAGUUUAAUAUGGAGUUUGGUUGCAAGUACUGGCUGAGCAACGCGCACGUCUCCCCUGGCGUUGUCAAGCACUUCAUGGUGGACCUGAAGAGUGGCGUGUGCAAGGCCAAGAAGGCCGACAGAGCCAGCGUGGAGUUCCCCACAACACAUCCCUAUCGACAUGGCCACAAUGGCUGCCGCUUCUCGUAUCUAAUGGCCAGUGAUCGCGAAGGACACAACAUGCCCUAUCGGGAUGUUGUCAAGUUUGACAUUCGACAGCAGUUGCGCCAGGUGUGGCGUUCUCACGGCUGCAUUGGAGAACCAGUGUUUGUGCCUCGUCGCGGCUACGAGGGUUGCGAGUCGGGCGACGAAGAUGACGGCUACGUGCUGGUCCAGCUGUACGCGCCACUCCAGCACCGCACCGAGUUCAUUGUGCUGGACGCAAAGCAUCUAGACCGCGGCCCGCUGGCGCGCGUCAAGCUCCUCCACCACAUCCCGUACGGUUUCCACGGCACCUUUGCGCCGCACGUGUUUCUUCCGCAGGCCCGUUCGUCACUCUAGGUCGAGGGCAGGGCACCAGCGAUUGAGACACUCCAGUCUGAUGCUUGUAUUGUCUGAUCAGCUAAAUGUCUGUCUUUCAACUAAUUUUUAGGGGAGGCUUUUCCUGAACCAGUUCUUGCAAGUAAUUAUGCAAAACAUGUAACUGUUUAUUAUGGUAUGGCUAAUAUUUGCUAUACAUGUAUAUGUAUAUGUAAAUGAACAUGUAUAUGUAUAUGUAUAUGUAAAUGAACAUGUAUAUGUAUAUGUAAAUGAACAUGUUUUGUAUAUGAUAUGGCUAUGCGAUGUAGGAUUAGUAUCUUCUGCUUUGAAGAGAGUUCUCACCACUGCAGGGAAAGACCGGUGACACUGCAGGCAUUGGUAAGAUGCAGUGUGCUUGUGACGCAUUGGAAUACAAUACGAUCAUUUGCCUGCAUGUUAGCAAUAGUAUGCUCUCCAUUUUCUACUCUAUUAUUAGCCAGCAGCGCGAUCGAUGCUCAGCUAAUAUAAAUAACUAUAUUAUGAAGACCUUCUUUUCAAGUGUAACUCCCUCAAACGUAUGAAUCUGAAGACCUGUUUUUAAAAAAAAAAAUUGUUUCAAUAGGUUUCAGGCCUUCUACUAAUUAGUGUCUUGUGCACACUGGAAAAUCCCGACACUGGUGGAGUGUGAUUCUAUCCGUGUCAUAAACAUAGUUCAUUUAGAGUUCCUGUAGAUGAAAGAGAUGAAGAAUGCAAUAGUACACGAGAGUAGCUCCUUCAACACGCGUGCUCGUACUUCGAAUUUUUGGCUGCAUUUCACAUUGGUUUAUUUUUAUUUUUACUCAGUUGCAGCCAUGCCGGUAUUAUAGCUUUGUUGGACGGAUAACUUUUAUUUCUACAACAAUAUGUAUCCGACUGCACAGCUCUAAAUGUCACUGCCUCUCUUCA